ACAAAUUCCAUGAACAACAACGGUGAUGCCAUUGCUGGUCACUGGCCGUGGUAUGCGGCUAUCUACCACCGAAUAGGCGAGAAGCAAGAAUACGCGUGCGGUGGAUCCAUCCUCGAUGAAACGACCAUUCUCACGGCAUCUAAUUGCGUGUACACUCCAAGCGGUGUGAUCUCGGCAGCGCUCGUGACAGUACACGUGGGACAAAUCCACCCGAAGCAGGCCAGCGCAUAUGCGCAGACGUACGGUGUGCGCGAGAUAGUGGUACACCCUGGGUUUAGCGAAGCCAGCACCGUCAACGACAUUGCGCUGAUCAAGCUUACCGCCAGCAUCACCAUGACCACCGAGUACGUGCAGCCCGUCUGUCUGUGGACGAUGGACAGUGCGCUGGAGUUGAUCGUGGGCAGAAAUGGAACGGUUGUUGGAUUUGGGCCGAACGAACGGCGGGAUGCUGUGUCAAAGGAGCAGCUGCAACAAGCCACGAUUGGUGUGGUAGAUCCGCAAACGUGCAUUGCAAGUGAUCCGGCCGUUUUCGGCACACAUCCCCCGCUGGAAACGUUCUGUGGCAAAAGACGACAGAAUGGUGUGGGCACGUGCAAUGGUAAUAGUGGCGAUGGCCUGUUCGUCGAGGUCAGCGGCCGAUGGUUCGUGCGCGGCUUGGUGGCGCGGCUCCAACCAGUGCGCGGGAGUGACGGUCUGUGCGAUCCGCUCCAGUACACCGUCUACACCGACGUGGCCAAGUACGUGGAAUGGAUUAAGCGGUACGUCGAUCCGCGUGUGCUACCGGUGGAGAAUGGCGUGCUAACAAUGGGGGUGGACUACGAGGAGAAGCUUCGUCGGCUGUUCAACUUUGACAGCUGCGGUUUAACAUCAUCCGUCGCUUUGUAUGGUCAACAUAAUUUAACUCUACCGUGGUUGGGGGAAGUCAUGGUACCACCGAAUGCAGACAGUGUUAAGUGUAUAGUUACACUGAUCAGCGAUCGGUACGCUGUCGGGCCGGCCCAUUGCUUCGUCGGUGGCACACCUUACAUUUCGCUAGACGGUGUCGUCUUUAAUGACUAUUUGGAAUGCUAUUCCAAUGGUAAUGAGUCCUCAACGUGUACCGCUUUGAAACAAAAGCGGAAAAUUCAGCGGGUUAUUGUACAUCCAAACUUCGACAAAAACAAUUCGACAGACAAUAUUGCGCUUAUCGAGCUGCUGAGCCCGGCAAACACUAGCCACCCGAACGUACUGCCUAUCUGCAUGCCCGUAAUGCCCAAGCUUAGAACGCAAGCAAAGACCAAUUUACACGUGGCAACCGCCGAAAUGCACGGUACUAUACCAAAAAACGUUCCCGUCCGGUAUCUGGAGCCCGAUGAGUGCACGAAAGUGUACGCGGAAGAGCAAAUUGUGCUGAAUCUGGACCUGCACAAGCGACUGUGUGCCGUAAUAGAGCGCUGGGAGGACGAAGAAGCUUGCAAGCCACUGGUGGCAGGUGCACCGCUCCAAGAAACGAAGCAGUUCCGUGGUAAGGAGCAAUACGUUCUGCGUGGAUUUGAGCUGGCUGGGCUGGCUUGUCGUUCAUCUGCGCCAGCAAUUUACCACAGUAUCGAACCAUACGUCGACUGGAUACUGUACAACAUGAUGAGGUACAACGUGGUAGAAGAGACGGAUGUACCAGACGCUGAAAUAACUCCACCGACACUCGAGUCAGAGAGGAACAAGUUGCAGCAACAGUCGGGAAGUGAUAAGUUGCAUCUGUUCAAUUUGGAUACUUGUGGCCUAUUCAGCCUCGAAAGCAACAGCCAGACAGGCAAAGAAGCAACUUUCGCACCGUGGAUCGUAUCCUUUGACAAGGUACACAAAAGAUCAGCUAACGUUAAUGAAGUAAUCAGUAGCACAGCCGUGCUUACAGGGCGAUAUCUCGUCCUGGGAGUAGGCUCACAUUUCGACACGUUCUUCGUGGAUAUCAAGAACAUAAUCCUUCCGCCGCCCGAUCAUCCUAGGCGGCUGUUUGCACUGAUCGAGCUGCUCGAGCCAGCUGAUCUGACGAUUCCGCACAUCAAACCGAUCUGUUUGCCCUUCUUGGACGGACUGCAUCGCAACAAACCCGCGGAGGUGAUUUUGUCGACAAGGUUGAUAAACUCAUUCAAAAAGCUAAAGAUGACCGACUACCAACGUUGCCUGGGGCGACUGCUGUACAUCGAUCAGCCGAUCACCUUCGACACCGAGCCUUCGUGUGCGGUAGAGGAUUUAGAAGAUGUUUACCAAGCGUCAUUGGCUUCCGAUCCGGGAAGUCCGUUCCAGGCCGCGGUAUGGUACGGAGAACGGCCGCGCUACUUUCUGUACGGUAUGCAUGUCAAUGAGUCAUCCAUUUUCUCAACCCUGCACCACGGCCCAUACCUAUUUCACAAGAUCGAGCAGGCAGAUGUUGCAUGGAUAAUGGAGAACGUACGGAAAAAUGAACGUCAAUCUUCGUUCCCCAGCAAGUACGAUGCAGCCAACCAUGCUAACGACAUUGCAUUAGCUCGGCUCGUCGCCGCUGUGGAUACCUCUUUACCGAACGUGCAGCCCAUCUGCUUGCCGAUCAGCGACACUAUUCGCAGCUAUGAUCUAUCAAGCCUAUCGAUGGACUAUUAUGAUUCUUCAUUGUGGAGCUACAACGUAAUCAAUGCUGGUGAUAGAUGCCUAUCUGGAUUGGAUAUUGGACACUAUGGAGCAGCGACCAGCGCUUCCUUUUGA